AUGUCUGAUAUUAAAGACCUUACCCAUCAAAACAUAGCAACAAUAUCUAACUUAUCAAGUUCGCAAAGACUAAACACUUCGCAUAACCAAAACCAAACUAUCCAAGAAAAUAACACCCAAUCACAAAACACGGUUCCCAUGCUAAUGGAUAUGGUAUCUGGAAACUUACAAACUGGCACCAACUCGGGUCACCCCAAUCUGGGCAACAAUAAUUAUCAACCUAUGAACAUACUAAAUAAGUGGAAGCAAUCUAACAAGUUAUCAUACAGUCAAGCAGUAGCUCAAAAAACAAUACGACCAGACAAUAACCCAAAUAAUUACUGGACCAAAGAAAUUACCAACGAACUUGAGAAAAGGAAAAAGGAAACCUUUGACUACAAUAUCUAG